AUGGAGAAGCAGUUCUUGGGCCUAGAACUACAGCAUGUGCCUCGCGGCACGAAAAAGGAAGCCGACGACAUCGCCAAAAGGGCGUCCAGGCGCCUGCCCCAGGAGCACGACGUCUUUGAGGAGCGGCUCUUCAAGCCUUCAGCAGCACCCCCGUCUGCGGAGCCGGCAUCACCUCAGGAGGAACUCCCCCAACCACCAGCCUCGGGAGCCCCCACCUGUGGCCCGACUUCAGGAGCACGCCUGCUCCUGGCGCUUGAGCCUCAGGAGGGGUGCUGGACCGAGGAAUCCAAGGCAUACCUGGUGCAAGGAACACUGCCGGAGAAAGAAGAGGACGCGGAGCGCGUGGCCCGGCAGGCUACGGCAUAUUGCAUCCAGGACAGUGAGUUGGAGGGCGGCAGUUGCCCGACGCUCUCCCUCGCGCGACCCGCGCGGGGGCUACGGGACGGGUGUGAGUGCGUGCGCACUCCCCUGGUCUCCGCGAGGCGCCCUCGUCUGAGCUCGUGA